GAGCUGACCGAAUUCAGUUUUUCAUACAAAACAAUUCGCAAAAUGAGAAAAUAUCCGACAUCAAAAAUUUUAGAUAAAUUGCAUAGAGGAGUUGUGUGGACAUGCAUGGGAGUGACUGCUUAUGGAACCUUCUUGAUUGGAAUGAGAGUCUAUCGAUACUUUACAGUUGUCAGACCACAGCGUCAAUUAGAGGAAUUCAAAAUGUUGGAGGACGAAAUAGUCGAUAAAGCAAAUUUGAUUGACAGUGCUCCUAAGCUUCAAAGUUAGUUUAUGUUGUAUCUUAAAAAUAUUUAAUAAUCUUUAAUUACAAUAAAGUUAGUAUUGAACAUAAAUGACGAG